UUUUAAGUGCAGCAAAUGUUUCGUAAAGUUAUAAAUUCAAUUUUAGGAUUUUUCUUCAGUUUAUUUGUGUUUAUUGGUGUUACCAAAAAAAAUAAUCAAAUUAAAUAUCAAUCGUCCAAUCGAGAACAACAGAAUUCAAAUGAUACUGAAAGGAAUUCCCGGGUCCGAAUUACAUCAACCAUGGCAAUGGUACCAUCUGGAAAUAAUUCUCAAAUCCAAAAAGAAGAAUAUUCUACUUCAGCAAGCUCUGAAUCAGAGGUGAGAGAAAAGAAAGGCAACAUGAAUGUAUUAAAAAAAGAAUCAAGCCUGUCACAAGAAGAAGCCUCACGUACAAUUGAACAAACAUCAAAUUCAAUGACUGUAAGCGAUUCGGCUGUAGCUGAAAAAACAAUUUCUAAGAGUUGUGUGAUACAAAGCGCUUCAUCAACUAAAACAAUAUCUAAAACUGUAUCGUCUUCAGCUUCUGAAUUUUCUGAAACUCAGGUAGAGGAAUAUGAAUUCGAAGGAUAGAUUUAUGUUUAAUGAUAAAUAAAAAAAAACAGUACAAAUGUACUCGUUUCGAAAUUUUUUCUUACACCUUACUUCAACAAUAUGGUGAUACUCGAUGCCUGCACAACACAAAAACAACACAGUUCUACUUAAAAUAUUUGAAGCAAAUAAAUUGUUUUUAAAAAGAAAUUGAUAAAAUCCAACAGAGCUCCGAAAUGUUU